CCUCACACAGCUUCUGAUACCUUGGAGCACUCUUCUCCCUUGGCUGUACCUGUCAUCAUGGCUCACCGAUUUCCAGCCCUCACCUCAGAGCAGAAGAAGGAGCUCUCCGAGAUUGCGCAGCGCAUUGUUGCCAAUGGGAAGGGUAUCCUGGCUGCAGAUGAGUCUGUGGGCACCAUGGGAAACCGCCUACAGAGGAUAAAGGUGGAAAACACUGAAGAGAACCGAAGGCAGUUCCGAGAGCUCCUCUUUAGUGUGGACAAUUCUAUCAGCCAGAGCAUCGGCGGAGUGAUCCUUUUCCAUGAGACGCUCUACCAGAAGGACAGCCAGGGAAAGCUGUUCAGAAACAUUCUCAAGGAGAAGGGAAUUGUGGUGGGCAUCAAGCUGGACCAAGGAGGUGCCCCGCUUGCAGGAACAAACAAAGAAACCACCAUUCAAGGGCUUGACGGCCUCUCCGAACGCUGUGCUCAGUACAAGAAAGACGGAGUCGACUUUGGGAAGUGGCGUGCUGUGCUGAGGAUCUCGGACCAGUGCCCUUCCAGCCUUGCUAUCCAAGAAAACGCCAACGCUCUGGCUCGCUACGCCAGCAUCUGCCAGCAGAAUGGGCUGGUACCUAUUGUUGAGCCAGAGGUUCUUCCUGAUGGAGACCAUGACCUAGAGCACUGCCAGUAUGUUUCUGAGAAGGUCCUGGCUGCUGUCUACAAGGCUCUCAAUGAUCAUCAUGUUUACCUUGAGGGCACCCUGCUAAAGCCAAACAUGGUGACUGCUGGACAUGCCUGCACCAAGAAGUACACACCUGAGCAAGUGGCUAUGGCCACCGUCACGGCUCUCCACAGAACUGUUCCUGCAGCUGUGCCUGGUAUCUGCUUUUUGUCUGGAGGCAUGAGUGAGGAGGAUGCUACACUUAACCUCAAUGCUAUCAACCGUUGCCCUCUACCUAGGCCCUGGAAACUAAGCUUUUCAUACGGCAGAGCCCUCCAGGCCAGUGCAUUGGCUGCCUGGGGCGGCAAGGCUGCAAACAAGAAGGCAACCCAGGAAGCUUUCAUGAAGCGGGCUGUGGCCAACUGCCAGGCAGCCCAAGGACAGUAUGUUCACACGGGCUCGUCAGGCGCUGCUUCCACGCAGUCACUCUUCACAGCCUCCUACACCUACUAGAUACCGUCACCUACCAGCCAGGCUCCAGUUGUCCUAAAUAUUUUGGUUGGAGACCUGAAAGGCUUCAGUCAGCCCUGGAAAUUAGAUCACAUUUGAUUGAACUUUUGAAAACACCACAUAUGCGAAUCAUAAACACAGGAGAAAAGCAGAAUCAGCUGUUGAAGUGCGAGUAUGAGCACGUCACCCAGUAGUCUCCGAACACCUCCAGUUCCCCGUGUUCCAGAACAUCCAUCCAAGAGAAGAACGGGCUUUACAUGGAAGGUCAGUCUUCCAUGCAUACAGCCACUACUGAGCAAAGCAGCUCGGAAGGGAAGGAUGGAGAAGGGCAUUUUAACAAACAUACUUACCGGGGGUUGGUUAGAGAAGAGGCACAGCAGCAGAAAAAGAAAUAAAAAGUCUAUGAACCUUCA